AGGAUGGAGUGAAUUUUCGUCCAGUUGCUAUAACGUACAGAGCGGCAACCUGAAUUGGGACACAGCGUUUUCAACAUGUCAAAGCCAAGAAGCUUCGAUAGUCGAGAUCACGUCCGCAGAGGAGAACUCUCACGUCAAUAGCAUCUCAAAUGGAUGGUACAUAUGGCUUUAUUGCAGAGACCAUCUCGUUAAUGGAGAGUACGUGUGUGGAGAUGAUAAUCAUCCAAUAACUUACACAGCUUGGGGCCCUUCAAAGCCAGCUGAUAAUCCUGGUUUCGACUGUGUGAUGUUCCUCGCUGGAACUUGGAGUGAUGCUAAUUGCGCCACCCCAAUAGCUGUCGUCUGCGAGAAGGACGCCGACAUACCGGUAGCGUCAACGGAACAGCCGAUGACAUCCUCAAUCAGAACGGAAGGUCCGAUCUCCACGGAGGCGGCUGUGAUCAACGCACAGCCGAGGACUGCAAAUGGCUACAUGCAGAGAGAUCCGAUCCUUACAGGGUACUGCCUAGUCGGUCACGUGAUCAAAGACAUCCACUCAUCUUCUUCGAUCCGUUGCUUGGCCAGCUGUAUCAGGCUUCCUAGCUGUUCAUCAAUGAAUGUCUUCUCUUCUUAGGCAAGAUGUCAGCUCAACGACUCAAACUGGACAAUGUCCAGUUUAGACUUUCAGGAAGUAGAUAACUGUGAUUAUUUUGAAUAUGUGCUGUAUUAAAUUCGUCAACAAAUACAACGUAGCAGAUUUUUAAGCAAGGCAUUUCAUCGAAAUCGUUUCUCUCUACCGAGGUGUUAUAAAAGCAAUUAAGGCCU